UGAAGAAGGGAGUGCACGUGUGUGUCUGUGCGUGUGAUCUGAUGGUGCCACAAUGACAAGAGCAGCACUAACAAAACUCUUCAUCCUCCUGAUCCUCGCCUUCAUCAUCUGCCUACCGGAAUUCUUCACGUUGUACAGAGUAUCAAAAGUUAAAUUCCACUGUCUGCCAUACCGUCCCUGUGAGCGAGGGAAACCUGUGAAGACAGGUGAAAAUGGGAGGAUCGAGGAUGCUGAAAUUAGGAGAAAGACGAUGUGUGACCCAUCGCAGACUCCAGAACGUGAAAAAUGGGAGCAGGGCUGCGCGCAAAAGAAUCAAAGUAACAUAACGGAUCCUGUGCCAGACUUCUGGAGAGGCAGUGAAGACCCAGACCCAAAGAGCUGGUUCCUCUGUGAAACUGAUACAAACAUGACAGAACUACACAGAAACAUCUCAUCUUCAGAUUUAAUGGUACAAUUCAAGGUCUCAGUGGAGCUUCAACUCACAGUCGGAGAGACACUCAAUCUCACCUUAUACGGCCUCAACAAUCAGAGCUCCUUACACCUCCACCCAUUAGGAGAGAAGGAGGAUGAGGAUGAGAAAGAGGAGAGGAAUCAGACAGAUGGUGAAGAAGAAAGCGAAACAUUUUACUGCUGCCUCCCUGCCCCACCCACCUCGGAGUCAGCCAAUCGGAGCCAGUGUCUCCUUUGGCUUGCCAAUCAAACAGUUUUGACUGCAACAGCAAAGGAAAAGCUGCUAUGGAAACGGCCACAGAAAGACGAGUGGCGGUGUAUGUUCAGGGUGCUCUGGCUGGUUCUGCUGUGUCUCUUUCUGCUUAUUAUAGUGACAUCUGUGCUCGGACAGGUCUACAGGGGGAGCGCUGCAUGCAAAAAGCCCAAGGUGCAUCCUGUUGGUUACAACUUCACGGGCCGGCAGCUGAAUGAUGGUGAGCGGCACGCAGAUGUCAUCAGUCCCAGAGGAAUGAUCCCUCACUCGCUCGGGUCCCGGACGUGGCCCAUGCUGUCACCUAUUCAAGAAGUUGACAGUCAAGACAAUCUAGACACUCUGCUGGAUGGAAACACCGACCAGUGUUAUACAGCAAACCUGCAUCACCGCAGCCAUCCGUCCACCUCCUCCCUCCCAGAUGAGCAGGCCUGGUGACAGAGGAGGACAGAAAUGGACUCAAAGUGCACUGGAGAAAAAUAACAUCCAUCUGUCAACUACCAGCCACCUUUAUGAUGAAAAUAAAAAACAUCUGAGACAAACAAAGAUGGUUAAACUUGUUUAUUUUCAACAUCUCAUCCUCAAACAGUCCCAGGGCACUUCAUUAGAGGGGAAUCUUGAUACGUGAGUAAACUGUCCGAGCCGGGAAAAAAAAAUGACCUGGCUUUCAAACAUUUUUUAUUUUCGCAUUACAAUUCAUUCUGUAUUCUGAGGCACGAGCACGGCUGAUAAACAGCCUCACGCCAUCUACCGCUGAAAGCAGGCUUAAUAUCUUUCCGAGCCUGUGUCUCUAAAGAGAGAAGAAGCAGAAGUAAAGAAGGGGAAGAAAAUACGUCAUCUCCAACAGAGAUCUGUGUAACUGCAGGCUGGAAGAGCCAAUUUAACACUGGGUAUUAAAAACAGAUGCACUGUGAGCACCUUGGGAUUGCUAUAAAACGCCACAGGUGGUUGAAGAAAAGGAGGAGAAAUGAAAAAAAUGGCUGAAAACAGCAUUACAAGCCCUUUUCAGGAGGUCAGGACCAAAUACAUAAAAACACCUUCAUGUUUCGGCUAAUGCCUUCAUCAUCUUGAAGAGUCAUGUGAGACUUUCGAGAGAGGGCACAACGUGUCAUUAUUGUUCAAGAAAUACUUCAGCCUUUUCUUAUUUGCCAAGAGUUUAGAUGAGAAAAUUGUUGCAAAAUCGAGUGUUUACAGGAACUACAUAGCUGGCACCAGCAGCCAGUUAGCUUAGCUUAGCAUUAAGACUGUUGAGCCAGACCACAACAACUGUACAGAAAUCCCGCAGAAGCCGAUGGUGCGGCUAAGCAAAGGAAAACAUUCUAGCUCCUGAGGCUAAUGUAAGCUAUACUGCUGUUGACAGAAACUUGAAAUUUGAAGAAUAGAAAACUUGUGUUGACUGCAACAUGUAACUAAAGCAAGUUGUUACACAAUGCUAAGCUGAUGAAACCAGUUAGCUUAGCUUAUCAUUUAGACUGAAGGCAGGGAAACAGUUACGAUGAAGAUCCUCUUCAGCUCAGAGAUCAAUACAUUACCAAUUAAUUUUGGUUUUUACAGUGGCUACUACUGAUAUGUUUGUAUCAACACUGCAUCAAAAGACAAAAUGUCACAAUGUGAAAAUGCUGAAAGGGGGAUUAUCAAGUUUAUAGAGAGUUUCAGUUCAUCUGUUUAGUUGUUCUUGGCAAACUUUACUGUCAUGGUUUGUUGAGGCUGUUUUCAGAGGAAGAAGCUGUAAAAAGUAAGAGGACGUGACAUCCUCAGCAUCAAACUGCAGACAGACACACUGACCAACGAGCUGGUGAAAGAAGUGGAUCAUUUAGCAGCUAACAAGCCAAAUAUUUCCUCAGGAGAUGUUGGAAACCAAAAACAGAGAUAAGAGAAGCUCAUAUUCAGCAAGUGGCCAGAAAGGAGGUGUAAAUAAGAAACUGUUUGCGAACAAAUUGACAAUAUCAACUUAAAAGUUUCACAAGCUGUUUCAACUGCCCCCAUGUGUCCAAAAAAUUAAGUCGUAUCAGGUUUACGUAUGAACAAAUGCCCCGGAAACGCCACAAUAUUUAUUUUUUCAUAGGUUUGUUUUUACGAAUUGAAACACACUAGAUAUAACAUGUUUAUUAGUGUACUUUAGUGGUGCUGGUGGGCAAAUUGUCAUUAGUUGUACCCAGUUUGGCUAUUUCCACUUGUUCCUUGGCUCUGUGUUAUGCUAAGCUAACUGGCUGCGGACUCCAACUUCAUCUUUAUCACACAGAUAUUUCUCAUUUUACUGUAAAAGUUAUUCCGCAAAUUUCACAAAAUAUUAAACUACUUUUUAAGUGUAGUGGCACAAAAAUAAGAUAAUUAGAGAUGAACUCACCUACAUUAAAUCUUUAAGGUCCAUAUUUUCAAAUCUUACGAAGUACGAAGAUCAGAUUUUUCUAUCAAAUCAAGCUGGACAAGAGUAAAAUAGAAGGUAGUGUUUCUUCACAUAAUUUAAUAAUCAUAAUUAUAAAAAAAAAAACACGCUCAAAGUGUUGUUGUCAUGUAUCAUUAUUAAUACUGGCAUUUCAUCUCAAACCAGAUUAAAACAUGUCAGUUCACUAGUGUCAGUCAAUGCUCUGUGUUGAAAUAACAAUAGACCAUCAGGAGUGCAAAGAACGCUUAAUAUACAUUAAUGUAGAGUCUCUCCGACACAAUCAGUAAUUUACUGUUUUUGGUUCAGCUUUUGGAGACGACAGAGACGCAACAUUAUUUGUCAGAUAUGAGUGCCAGCUGAAAGUCGAGUCAGCUCUGAACACAUUUGGUUCCUCAAAGCACAAACUCAGCUGCGAAACAGAGUCGAUACAAUUGGGAAAAGACACACAUUCAACCUGCAUGUGGGUCACUUUGACAUGUAUCUACUUGUUAUACUGUUAUCUUUUAGAUUAUAUUAUGUAUGUUAUAUAUAAAACAUCUUCUGCCUGUCGUUAUGGCACUUAAUGUAGAUUUUAGCUCUUAAUCUGGAAUAAUCUAUUCUCGACACUUAACUG